AUGGCAGCAGCUCCAGGGACGACCUGCCUGCACAGCUUCUCAGGAGGAAUGAUCAGAUCCGCAAGCUGGAGGCCAAGCUAUCAGACUACGCUGAGCAGCUACGAAUUAUGCAGAAGACCAAGGACAAGCUUGAAAUUGCAUUAGAAAUGCAACAGGAUUCUUCCAUAAAGAAACUUCAAGACCAGAACGAGACUCACCAGACCAGCAGAGCCAAAAUAGCAGAGGGGAUGGCUCUAGCACUGGAGAAGAAGGAUGAGGAAUGGAUUGAGAAGAUGACUGAUUUGGAAAAGGAGAAAGCUGCCCUGUCAGCCCGGCUAGAGGAGAUGAUGGAGAAAAGCUUAGCACUCUUCCAGAAAAGGGAUGACCUGGAUGAACUGGAGGGCUUUCAGCAGCAGGAGCUCGCUAAAGUUAAACACAUGUUGCUGAAGAAGGAGGAGCAGCUGAGCCGGAAUGACGAGGAGCUCCAGCAAAAGGAGGCUGAAGUUCAGUCAGCAAAGCGAGGGCUGUCUGAGGUCAGAGGGAAACUCCAGACUCUGGAACAGCAGCACGCAGAGAGCUGCACAAUCAACAUUGAGCUGGAAAUCGAACGAGAGGAGCUGCUGCUGCUCAAGGAAGAGGCGGAGCAGAAGUUGAGAGAGCUGCAGGCCGUCCUCCAGCGGGUCUCUGAAGACUUCCACAAGUCACAGGGUAUGGUGUCGACUUUAGAGAGGUCCCUCCAUGAACUGCAGACUGAACAUGACGCCCUGAAGUUGCAACAACAGAAGGCUGCUGUUACAGAGGAGGACAAGGAGCGCUUGUUAGCGGACCUUCAGAAGAAAGUGACGUCUCUGGAGAGGCGGCUCCAGGGGAACCUGAGCCAGGAAGAGCAUCUGCAGGAGUUUCUCCAGGAGAAGUGUGGCCUUGAGCAAAAUCUGGAGGAGACGAGAGCAGAGCUGCUGUUGGUUCGGACAAACCACGCUGAUACUGUGAGCGCUCUGGAGACACAGGUUUCCAAACAGAACGGCAACAUCACUGAGCUGCAGACCCUUCUCCGGCACAAGGACGACUCCUCCAGAGCCUACAGAGACAGAACAGAGACACAACACCUUCUCCACCUCUAAAUGCUUCUCUACCUCCUGCUACCGUAACCUCAACUCCAACUGCAACUUCUCCUGCUCCAACCUCAACUCCAACUGCAACUUCUCGUGCUCCAACCUCAUUUUCUCCUGCUCAAACUGCAUGGCCGAAAGCUCUUUUUGCUGCUCGAACGCCAAACCAGCUUUCUGAACCACUACCGGCACGACCCCUGCCGCACCAAACUCACUCUUCUGCAACACCCCCUGCUCAAAUAAAGAUGACAUGAUGACAGCUUUAAUCUCAUGUUUCCGCUUGCUCCCUACAACAGCAAUUUCAUAAUGCUCUGCUAUUUCGACCAACUGCGCCUUCUGGCAAUCAUCUAAGAAAGACACUGAGGGCGCAUCCACAAACGCCAACAAAGAAGCCAUAAUAUGUUACCUAUUACCAAUCAGAAAGACAACACGCAUGGGAAAAAGACAAACCCAACAGAGAAUUUUUCCCCUCACUGCUUAACCAAAAUCUUACUAAUCUCACCUGGUCUUCAUGUGGCUUGCGGCGGGUAAUUACGCACUGGAACCCGGCGGAGUUAUGGAGCGACCUGCACGCAGGCAACACCACAAAAUCACGCGGACGUGCCCCCGAGACAGGUGUCCGAAAACAGCUGACACUAACCACAUCGCCACAACACUAUGAAAAAAACAAAUAAACGCAACCCAAGGUUGUUUGUUUAUUGUGCAUUCUGUAGACUCCCAUUUCUGUUUGAAUUACAAAAUGGACAUCAGAAAUUGGAUUAAAAGGUCUAAGGAUUUAUUAAACGAAAUAGCGAUGAAAGAACUGCAGCUGAUGGUGCUGCUGGCAACCCUGCACCUGCCGUUGCAGCAGCACGCCUUAAUGUCACAAGGCUUGACCUCGGCAAACCCCGGGGCUGAGUUAGCGAGCCCAAUCCUUGACUCAUCAAGGUGGCCGCCACCAACGCUGUCCUCCGAGGCACAGCUCCUUGUGCCCCCACCAUCACCACCUGCGUUGCCACACCCUGUACCACACCCGCCAGCAUCCUCCUCCUCCUCCUCCUCCUCCUCCUCCUCCGUGCCGGUGCCUCCACUACAGACGCUACCUUGCAGCACAUCAA